GGCCCAGUGGUUUCCCUGGUUCCCGGACCGAGGCCGAUACAAUGUCGGAGACCGCGCCUGUUGCCGCUCCCGCUGUUUCUGCUCCCGGCGCCAAGGCCGCCGCCAAGAAGCCGAAGAAGGCGGCGAGCGGCUCCAAAGCCCGCAGACCCGCGGGGCCCAGCGUCACCGAGCUGAUCACCAAGGCCGUGUCCGCCUCCAAGGAGCGCAAGGGGCUCUCGCUCGCCGCGCUCAAGAAGGCGCUGGCCGCCGGCGGCUACGAUGUGGAGAAGAACAACAGCCGCAUCAAGCUGGGGCUCAAGAGCCUCGUCAGCAAGGGCACCCUGGUGCAGACCAAGGGCACCGGCGCCUCCGGCUCCUUCAAGCUGAAUAAGAAGCCCGGUGAGACAAAAGAAAAGGCAACCAAGAAAAAGCCGGCUGCUAAGCCCAAGAAGCCGGCGGCGGCUAAGAAGCCCGCCAGCGCCGCCAAGAAGCCCAAGAAAGCGGCGGCGGUGAAGAAGAGCCCCAAGAAGGCGAAGAAGCCGGCGGCCGCUGCGGCCAAGAAAGCGGCCAAGAGCCCCAAGAAAGCCGCGAAGGCAGGCCGCCCCAAAAAGGCAGCGAAGAGCCCGGCUAAGGCGAAAGCGGUGAAGCCCAAAGCGGCCAAGCCCAAAGCGGCCAAACCCAAAGCGGCCAAGGCAAAGAAGGCGGCGCCCAAGAAGAAGUAAGAUGACUGAGAGGAAUUAAGAGUCUAUUCAUUUAAA